CGGCUGGAGUAUCACAACGCCCACUCCCUGGCUGGCUUCUCUUCUCCACCCUCUACACGCUGCGCCGCUCCUACCACACCGAACCAGCAUGGCCAUGGGGGAGGGGAUGCAGCAGGUGCUGCCGUGGAGCCCUGGGACAUGGCGCGGAAUGGUGCUGCGGGUGUCAAUAUGCCUCUUCGCCGUCGCAUCCGUCAGUGACAUGGUCACCGAUUUCGAGUUCUUCUCCGACAGCCCCGCCUUCUGGUUUAUGAAUACGAUGAUGCUCCUGCAGAUUGUGUGGAGUUUGGGCGUUGCUUGUGUUGAUAUCUAUGCUAUGAGGAAUAGGAAAGUUCUUCAUGAACGAGGGCUUGUACUCCUCUUGGUUGUCGGUGACGGGAUCAUGGCGUUUCUCACUUUCACUGCAGUCUCUGCCUCCAACAGCGCGUUGACUCUAUAUGUGGGGGAUGUGGACUUCUGCAGGAGGGUGGCCUGCGGUCAAAUAGAGCAUUCGAUCCUCCGGGCAUUCAUCGUGUGGUGUUUGGCGGCUACAUCUUUUCUUUCCAUGCUCGAGCUGCUAGUUUUCAUUUUCUAGUGAUCUGUCGUGUUCAUAAUCAACGUCAAGUUGUGCUAAUUGUCAGGAUGGUUGAUCGAUUGCACUGUGUUCUGAUGAUGUGGAACCAAUUAUCAUGGAGGUUAUGCUUCGGUUAUUGAGCUUGUGACUUGUGAGGUGGACAAUGUAGUUUUAUACCCGCGGUUCUCUUCAA